AUGGGUAAGCUGACAGUGUAUUUCCAUCUCCCACGGUCCCUUAUGGCUUGAGGCGUGUUAGUGCAAUUACAUUUUUUACUUCCUAUUGAGUACUUUUUUCAUCGGAUUAUUUCUUAAGUCUAUUAAGAAUUUGCUGUUCAGGCAAGGAAUUGGGACGUAUUCGAAUCUGAACGUUAGUCGCCAAGAAAUGAAGAUUUGUAGGGUUGGUCUUUAAAAGUAAUAGGUUAAAAAAGCCUAAUAUACGUUUAGCUUCUGAAAAAUUUCAUAGCCAAAAGAGAAAAUUCUCUGAAUAUGGCUGUAUCGAUCACAGCAAAAUAGGCCAGCAAAACUGCAGGCCUAACUACAUGCAGCGUUACCCUAACAACGUAGAACCAGAAUUAUGUUUGAUAAGAUUUCAUGCUCACAUAAUUAUUGAGCUGGCCUCAAGCCCAUUUGAGGCAUGAAGUUAAAUAAAUCCUUAGGUACUGAGGUCUAAGAUGUCCUUUUUGGUUUUUGUGGAAAUAAUCUCUGUUUCUGGUUACGGGAAUAAGUCCGAUGAGAAUUGUGAUAAUGAUAGUUUUACGGAAUCUUUUAUCAUCAGUUGGGUUGCAAGAGGGGUCGUGUAGUCUAUCGCAAGGUAAUCCUUCAAAUAUUUCGGUUUUGCAGACCACAAUGAGCCUCCCAGUGGCGUGCUUGUCGACUCAGAGGCGUACCACCAGGACUCUGGUGAAAACAAACCUCGAAAGCACCAGAAAGGCAAGAAGGAGCAUGGCUUAGGCAUAUCACGUACGUUUAUUUUGUCGAUUCUCUAUUUCCUAUCCGGUUAUUACCUAUUCCUUAGAUGUAGGUCAGUAUUUCCUUCCCUUAUCUGAAAUUUUACUGGACUCCCUUGCAGACUUGCAUACUGGUAAGUUGCACAGGGGUGGAACGAUGCCUACCAGCCCUUCUGCUUGAGGUUAACGCGUUGUCAACACGCUAUCGCAGUCCUUAGGACUUGUCAGCGUAGGGCUUGUUCAGCUUCUUUUGUGUGUCUGCUGUGGACGCUUCGCGCUUUACUUACACAUCUGUGAAAGUACUGCCGUCCGCCUAUUUUGCUUUGAUGUGCAUGGCAGUGCAGUGGAUUAUCCCCACCCAGGACAUUGCCUGCUUUAGAAAGUUCAUUUUUGCACCACUAGCUGUCCGUUUUUGCUUACUAAGUCCACCUGCUUCCUAUAAUGUGAUUCGUUUUUAAAUGCAGGAGCGCACUUGCGGGUUGCGGGCUGUACUGUGUCCGAUUUCCCAUCGGCCUUUGAAUCGGCAGAGUGCUCACCCGCAUACACAUCAACCUUUUGGACCCCUUUACGUUUAAGAACUCGAGAAAACGCAUUAGGUGGGAAGCUAGUUGUCAGUGGAUGCUUCUCUACCCCUGAUGGCACUUAUUUUGACCAUUUAGGAAACCCGUUGCAAGAGUGACUUGGCCUAACUGAACUGAACUCGUGUAGUGCUUUUUAUGAAUCGGCACAUUUGUUUAUGGCUUGUUACUCUUUGCUGCAGUGGUGUCAAAAACGGACGUUUUUUAGAAUACUUGUGCAUAGUCAGCGACUGCUUCCCUGGCGGCAUCCAUGCCUUACAAACCUACUCCAGGGACUUCGACUGUUGCUGUGUUGGUGUCCUACUAGACUGUUUCUGACCAACUGACUUUUGUCGUCCAACAAAACCCAUAUGUAGGUCGCAUGGCUUUCGAAAGCCCUCGUAAACGCCAAGCCGAUAUCGAAAUACGAACUGUCUUUCUGAAUUGAAGUCUGAGCUUGUACACUACUCUCCUUGACAUCAUUCAUUUCCUUCUGAGCUUCGCAAAUACCAGUGCUUCGAUGUUUGAAAUAAUAGUGGGGUUAUUCUGUUUCUUCCUUCCCCUCCCCGCCCAUUUUUAUCCCUUUGUUCUUAUUUUCAUCUUCCUCGACUGUGCCCUUUGUUCUGCUAGAGUCCCCCCAUCACCAUCAUCCUCACCACCAUCCUCAUCACCAACACCACCAGAAGAAGAAGAAAGGACAAAAAUAUUGGUUUCAGUUCAGACUCAAAAAAACUGGCAAGUGCAGUCUCCGCCAGCGCGUGCGUUCCUUAACUGGCAUGGUGACGUGCGUGGAUGUUAAUUACGCUUGA